GUAUAGGUACACCCUGGACCUUCGAUAAAAGGCUGCACAAUGGAGCUAUCAAAGCAAGGCCAGGAACCCAUGCCUGCUAGCAUGGGGUCGCAAGCACUCCCCUCUUCAAACAUCCAGUCUACUCAGCCUGGGUACCCCGCUGUUUUCUACCCACCCCUUUCUGCUGGCUGGAAUCCGCAGCCAAUGUUCCCGACGGGGGCUUCUGUGCCAGUCAGUUCGUACUAUAUUAUGCCUAUGAGCCAGCAAGCUGUCCAAGCUGGCGCUUCCAGGCCCGAGGCCUCGCAUCCUUUGGGGGCGCAAGUGCAGUCUAUGAGCAGAGUGUCACUGAGGCCGCCUCAGCAGGUGCUGAAUGUUCAGACAUCUCUGCCGGUGAUGAUGGGGUCGCAGCUCUCGCCAUCUGUUGCGGGAAAGAAACUUCUGCAGACUGCUGCUUCUCCAAAGGUUCAGAUGAUGAAAUCUGCAUUGUCUGCCAAGCGCCCUGCGCAGAAGGAGCUGUCACCAAAGGUUCAGCCUCAGCCUCAGCCUCAGCAGUUUGAAUCUGUGAGAUCGAAGUUCAGGGAGUCGCUUUCUGCUGCAUUGAUGACGGAUUCUGACCAGCAGGAUAAGAAACAAGCUGCUGAAAACCUGCAGCCUGAUGGUUCAGCGGACCAAAAGAAGAAGGUGGAGGGAGAUGAAGUGCAGGACCUAGUGUCGAUCACGUCCAAAGAUGCAAGUACAACCAAUUCAGAGGCAGGCAAUGCUGAUGGUGAGAAAGAUGAGAUUGAGAAGUUGGCCAGUGGCUUAGUGUCGGACGUGAUCACAAUUACAGAUGAUGAUAUGCAGCAACAACUAAAUCAUCUUUCUUCAGAAGAUGAAGCAUUAGGUCAAAGUAUGGUUGUCGCAGAUGAACUCUUGCAAGGUCAUGGCCUUUCUUGGGUUUCUGAUUUCGACAUUGGGAUCUCUGAGCCUAUGGCACAACCUAAUUUAAAAAGGGACAGAACUUGUGAUGUCGAGUCUGGGGUCACAGAGUCUUUGACGGAGUCUGAAUCAAAAAGAAUGAAGUCGGCUGAUGAGGCAGCAGCAGAUAAGGGUAGCAUUAUCCAGAAGGCUGAAAGAUUGGCAUUUAGAAUCGAAGAGGAGCUCUUCAAACUGUUUGGUGGAGUGAACAAAAAGUACAAGGAGAGAGGUAGAUCUCUUCUGUUUAAUCUAAAAGACAAAGGCAACCCUGAGUUAAGGUUGAGGGUCAUAUCUGGAGAUAUUCCACCUGAACGCCUUUGUUCAAUGACUGCGGAGGAACUUGCUUCCAAAGAGCUCUCAGAGUGGCGGUUGGCUAAAGCUGAAGAACAUGAAAAAAUGGUUGUCCUUCCUAACACUGAGGUUGAUAUAAAACGUUUAGUGAGGAAAACACACAAAGGAGAGUUCCAAGUUGAAAUAGAAGAACCAGAUGGUAUUUCAGUGGAGGUUGAGCUUGGAGGUAAUGUUCUAUCUCAUGUUCCAUCAAAACCUGUCGAAGAUGAGUCAAAAACUAAUGAUGAAACAAGUAUGGAUGAUAAAGCUGGUGUAGAAGGUAAGGACAGGGGUUCUGAUGGCAUGUCACAAGAUGAGGAUGGUGGGUCAGGUGACAACGAUUCAUCAGGCAAUGUCGACUAUAUUGAAAAUGAGAAAGCAGAUCUUAUUGAUGAACUUAUGGUGGAUGACUUAAAAGACGCAGAGAAUCUUCCACCGAUUCCUUCGUUAGAUGAGUUCAUGCUGGGCUUAGAUUCCGAGCCACCAUUCGAAAAUUUAUCAGUUGGGACACCACAAAAAGAUCUCAGUGAUUCUGAUGAACCUAGUUCCACUUUGCAAUCUGAGAAACUUCCUGAGACAGAAGAUAAGCUCCCUGCAGAAAAGAAAACUGAAUCUGAAUCUGAUGGGCCAUCUUUACAGGUUAAAUCUGAGUCCAAGUCAGAAUCACCCAAACAUGAGGUUGGCUCAAAUUUGGUUCCUGAUGUGCCACCCAAUGGACAGCUAAUCAAAUCCUCUCCUGAUAGAGUUGAAUCCAAAGAACCAGCUGCUGCUAAUAUCUCGAAUCCUGUUUCGACUAAGAACCAUGUGACAACUACUGUUCCUAUGAUUCGUGAGAGUAUAUGGGAGGGUGCAAUUCAACUGACUCUAUCGUCACUCACCAAUGUUGUUGCCAUUUUCAAAAGUGGUGAAAAGCCAUCUGGGAAAGAAUGGCGUAGCUUGAUUGAGAUCAAGGGGAGAGUUAAACUUAGUGCUUUUCAGGAAUUUCUCGAACAACUUCCCAAAUCUAGGAGCCGUGCUAUAAUGGUAACCGAGCUGUUGUGGAAGGAGGGUUCUCUGGAGAGUGGUCGCCAACAUCUUUCACAGACAAUUGAUUCAUAUAUUGCAGAUGAGAGGGUGGGAUUAGCUGAGCCUGCAGAUGGACUAGAGCUGUACCUGUGCCCUCCACAAGGAAAAACCGUGGAGAUUCUCUCCCGGCACUUGCCAAAGGAGCACUUGGAUGGUCUUGCUGUGGCAGCAACUUCGAUCAUCGGAAUCGUUGUCUGGCGGAGGCCCAACGUUCCCAGGAUCCCUUCCCACCAAAGGCAUGAGGGUUCCAAGAGGCAGUCAAUCCUUGGUACUCCACAGGUUACUGGUUCUACUUCGGUCCGUCGGUCCUCCGCGCUCCAGAACUCCUACGGUGCACCACCAGGUUUCCCCAAUCAGCGCCACAAGCCCGAGCCCGAAGAGGAUGUAACUGAUGAUGUUCCCCCGGGCUUUGGACCUGGUGUUGUUGCCCGCAGGGACGAAGACGAUCUCCCCGAAUUUAAUUUUGUUAACUCGUCAAACCCCGCUGCUAAUGUAACAACACAUGCCUUCAAGGGCCGACAGCAUGUACCUGCUCGUCCAGUAGAGCAUAUCAGGGAGUUGGUUCAGAAGUAUGGUAAAAGAUCGUCUAUUGAAUCGCGUCGCUGGGAUGACGACGAUGACGAUGAUAUACCAGAAUGGAACCCUAUCCAGCAAAGUAGACUCACCCAAACGCAGCAACCACUUCCUCCACCACCACCGCUGCCACCCAUACAGCAAAUCCAUCCCUACCAGCAACAGCAGUACAACCACCCAAAUGCAAUGCAGCCUCUUCAGCAGCAAGUGCCCAGCAAUAACCCCCUCCUUUCCCAGGCUUACCUCCAGCAACUUCAGCAGCAGCAGCUUCAGCCUUCGCAAACUUGGCAGCAGCAGCCGAAUGCCUGGUGGCCGGCGCAGGCGCAGGGUGUCGCCGCCGGCUCCCCUGCUCCAGUACCCCAGUAUGUUGUAACAGUGCCUAACAGUAACAGCGCCCAAGGUGCCCAGGGUUACAGCGCUGCAAAUUUAGGUGGCAUGCCCUGGAGACCGAGAUAGAAAGAAACUUGUAACAGUUGUUAGUUCUCUUGAUUCCUUUGUAGCUCUGCCCAGGUUCCGUUGUAGCGUUGGUUUCUUUUCCCUUUUUAGCUCACAGGUUCAUGUAAGUAUCAGUCAAUCGUGUACAUUCCUGUGCACGAGGAUGUAAAAGAAGGAUAAAUUAGAUGGCUGUGGGUUUUAUUCCGUCCAAUAAACAUAGGAUCUACCGUGAACAAUUUGGAGCUGCCGAAAAAUUACCAAUAAUAUUCGGACGUGGAUAAAAUAAAUAUUGGAACAUUUGUAAA